AUGGGACACAAAAACAAUGUCACAGAAUUUGUCCUCCUGGGCCUCACUCAGGAUCCAGCUGGUCAAAAAGCAUUAUUUUUCAUAUUUUUACUCAUGUAUAUUGUGACCAUGGUGGGCAACCUGCUCAUUGUGGUGACAGUUAUUGCCAGCCCAUCCUUGGGCACUGCCAUGUACUUCUUACUUGCCAGUCUGUCAUUCAUGGAUGCUCUUUAUUCCACUGUCAUCACACCCAAGUUGGUUGUAGACUUGCUCAGUAAUAAAACGACCAUUUCCUUCACAGCUUGCAUGAGCCAGCUAUUUAUUGCACAUUUAUUUGUUGGUGUUGAUAUAGUCAUUCUGGUGGCCAUGGCCUAUGAUCGCUAUGUGGCCAUCUGUAAGCCACUGCACUAUAUGACCAUCAUGAAUCGACGGGUUUGCAUCCUCUUCUUGGUGCUGGCCUGGGCUGGAGGUUUUGCACAUGCCCUAUUUCAAGUUCUUGCUGUAUAUAACCUUCCUUUCUGUGGCCCCAAUGUCAUUGACCACUUUGGCUGUGAUAUGUACCCAUUAUUGAGACUUGCAUGCACUGACACCUACUUCCUUGGCCUCACUGUGGUUGGAAAUAAUGGAGCCAUGUGUAUAGUGAUCUUUAUCCUCCUCCUAGUCUCCUAUGGAAUCAUCCUAAAAUCUCUCAAGACUCACAGUCAGGAAGGGAGGCUCAAAGCCCUGUCCACCUGCAGCUCCCACAUCACGGUGGUUGUUCUCUUUUUUGUUCCUUGUAUUUUCAUGUAUGCUAGACCUGUUUCUAAUUUUCCUAUUGAUAAAUCCAUUACUGUUUUUUAUACAAUUGUCACUCCCAUGUUGAAUCCUUUAAUAUACACCUUAAGAAAUGCAGAGAUUAAAAAUUCUAUGGAAAAGCUCUUCUAUAAAAUGUUCAGCACCAAUAGAAUAAGAAUUUCUACUUGA